GGCUCGUCAUCCCGCCGGCACCAAAGCCCAUCCGUCCCAGCUACGAUUUCAUUCGCCCCACGAAUGGAAAGACAAGACACUCAGGGGACAGACGUCAACAAGAGCAAUUGGUUGCACCUCACCCUCAGUCGGGGAGGACAUGUCACAGGUGACCUCGCUGCGAGAGUGCACACCUGCCGACGUGGACAAGUAUGUGUGUAUUCCUGUGGACGAGCGCAUCGCCAUCCGCAAGUUUGUCGUCGACCGCAAGGGCCUGACCUGGGUCCGUGGCUCCGCCCUCUACCAGUUCACCAAGACCGAGCUGGUCCAGGUCUACAAGCGCAUUGUGGCCAGGGAUGAUGUCUCGGGCGUGCUGUACGAAGGUGAGGCGCUGCGAGCUCUCCUCGGGUUCAGGACGGCUGACGGUGCAGAGAUCAACGCUCUCAGGCUCAAGCCCAAGUCGUUUCCGGGCAUCACCCUCUUCAUCCAGAGCACUUCGGUCAAUCGGGUGCUCUUGCCGGAUACUACCAUGCUCUACGAGGCCUCGCCUGAAGAUCGCCAGACGCUCGGCUUCCGUCCGGCAGACGCGCUGGUCAAUGCCAAGGAGCUCCGCGGCUCCCAGUCGCGCAUGAAAGAGUUCUUGGCCACCGAAGGCGCGUCGUCGUCGCCGCCGCCACCGUCGCUCACACCACCACCGCCUUCGGGCACAUUGCAGAGGAGUCCAAUGCCAGCGGUUGCCGCGAUGGGCCAGCCUCCGCCCAACACGCUGUAUGCGGCGCCGGGCACGCCGCCGCCAGCUCCGCCGCUCCCGGCCAGCCUUGCCGCCGUUCCAGUCUCGGCGUGGUCGGUGGCAAAUGUCGUCGAGUGGCUCGAGUGGCUCGGGCUCGGGAACAAGCUCGGAGCCGCCUUUGUCGCUGCUGACAUUGACGGCGAGGUUCUAGCCGAGCUUACCGACGACGAGCUCCGCGACGAGCUCGGGUGCACGCUCGGCAUGGCCAAGAAGCUGGCGCGGGCGCGAGUGGCGCUGUUCGGUGGCGGCUACGCCUCGCCGACACUGUCGUCUCCGCUGCCUGCGGGCGGUGCGUCCGAGGUGCUAAGUCCCGGCGAUGCCGUCGAGUACGAACAACCGGCGUGGGAGAUCCCCAUGGCGGACCUGACCAAGAUCGAGAUGGUUGGCUCGGGCGCGUUCGGGCAGGUCUUCCGCGGCAAGUGGCGUGGCGCGCCGGUCGCCAUCAAGAUGCUCUCGAUGCGGACGCUCGACGCGCAGCAGCUUGAUGACUUUCGCCGCGAAGCCGCCAUCAUGACCCAGCUCGAGCACCCACACGUUGUGUCGAUGAUGGGCAUCUCAUCGCAGCCACCUGACUUGGCCAUUAUUGUCGAGUUCUGUCCCGGCGGCUCGCUCGACAAGUAUCUAUUUGAUCCGUCCAUCGAACUCUCCGACUGGCACAAGCUCAAGCUCGUCCGUGGCAUUGCCGCCGGCAUGACGUACCUCACGUCGGCCGGCGUUGUCCACCGCGACCUUGCCGCCCGCAACAUCCUCGUCACCGAGGACGGCGAGGCCAAGAUCUCCGACUUUGGCAUGUCGCGUGCAGACCUUAUGCCCAAGAACACCACAGAGUCGGCAGUUGGCCCGCUCAAGUGGAUGGCGCCAGAGGCACUCGCCCGCUCGUACUCGGAGAAGACCGAUGUGUGGGCGUUCGGCGUCACCCUCUGGGAGAUUGUCAACCGCUCGCUCCCGUUCCCAGAGCUGAACAACAUCGAAGUCGCGGCCGGCGUUCUCCACAACGGCCUCCGCCUGCCAAUCUACCCGGACACACUCCCCGAGUGGUCCGCCAUCAUGGUCGCUUGCUGGGCCCAGGAUCCCGCCGCCCGCCCUUCCUUUGCCCAGAUCUCCGAACACGUCGAGUCGCUGUGGGCAGCCGCCGCCCCCGCGCCGGUACCUAAGCCUGCACCCGAGCCUGCGCCCGAGGCUGCACCGACGUCAUCGGCCUAG